GGAUGACGUGACGCUUGGCUGAUGUAUCGACCAGAAGUGUAUGUUGCCACUUCCUAAAGAGUCGGCGAGUUCAAGUCUCCUCUAGGAACUCAAUAGAGCUUGAAGUGGACUGUUAGAAUCUUGGUUCAACAGAGUGAAAACGCACUCAAGGACGUUUCUUGGAGUGUGCAAAAUUCCAAAAUGUGGCGUUCAGCUGUAAAAUAUGUUUUCAGUAACAGAAUAUAUCAAAAUGGAAUGCAAAAAUUGGCGCCUGCACGGAACACACUGCAUCAACCUGUACAAAAUGUUCUUAGUCAAGGCUGCAAACUGCACAGCCCCUCAGCUUUAAAAAUAAAUAUGCCAGUUUCAUCCAUCCAAAAAGUAGAGACCUCUGAUCAUCAACGGUGGUUAAUUGUCCACUGGGAGGAAGGAAGCCAUAGCCUGUAUCCUUAUGCAUGGUUAAGAGAUAACUGCCAAUGUUCCCAGUGUUUCCUUGCUUCAGCUAAAGCAAGGAUUCUUGGCAUAAAAGAUCUGGAUGUGGAUAUUUCUCCAGAGAAAAUCACCUUGACUGACUCAAAGAUUUCAGUGGUAUGGCCUGACCAGCACAUAAGUGAAUUUGAUGCAAAUUGGUUGAAAGCAAGAUGUUUCCACCAAUCAGCAAGAGAAGAGAAGCAAAAACAACAUUUCUUCAAAGAUCGACUGCAUUGGGGUUCAGAGCUCCAGAUUCCCACCGCCAACUUUGAGGAAGUGUUGACCAACGAUGAAGUUGCCUAUGAAUGGCUGUGCAAUCUGCGUAGAAUUGGACUUGUGCAACUGAAGAACGCUCCUGUGGAAGAAGGGCAAGUGGCUAGACUGGGAAAGAGGAUUGGCUACCUAAGACUGACCUUUUAUGGGAAUUGCUGGCAAGUGGAGGAUAAGGCUAAUGCUAACAAUGUAGCAUAUACAUCUGGAGAAUUGAGUCUGCACACUGAUUACCCAGCACUGCACCAUCCUCCUGGGGUCCAGUUCCUUCACUGCAUAAAAAAGGCAGUUGCUGGAGGUGAAACAGUGAUUGUAGAUGGAUUCCAUGUUGCCAAUCAACUUAGACGACUGAAUCCUGAGGCUUUCAAAAUCCUUACCUCUGUUUUUGUUGACUUUACAGACAUUGGAGUAGAUUACUGUGAUUUCUCUCUUCAGUCUAAGCACAAAAUUAUUGACUUGGACCAUGAUGGAAAUGUUGCUCAGAUUAAUUUUAACAAUGCUACACGGGACUCAGUCCUCAAUUUGCCUGCAGAGCAGGUACAGUCAUUCCUCGCUGCUCUCAAGAACUAUGUACGUCUCAUGUACAAGCCAGAAAACUUGGUCACCUUCAAAAUGGAGCCAGGGGAUAUUCUAACCUUUGAUAACUGGAGAAUACUGCAUGGCCGACGAAGUUAUCACUCUACUGAUGGUCAUUAUCGCCAUCUGGAAGGAGCAUACCUGGAUUGGGAUGAAGUUCUAUCACGGCUCCGUUGCCUGAAGCAGGCACUGUAUGGUAACAUAUAAAUACUUAAAAAUGAAGAUUUUAGUAGUCUGCCUAUUGAUCAGUUCAUAAAUUAUUACACUGGCUGCCUCUGUCCAUUAGGAUCAAUUUUUAAAUGCUCUUAGUUGUAUGUAAGGCUCUGAAUAAUCUAGCUCCUCCAUAUAGAUUGGAGUGUCUUUCCUCUACAUCCCUAGUCAUAAUUUUAGAUCCACGAAUACUGGUUUGCUUAGUGUUUCUGGAGCCAAACCUAUAAGAACUGGUGAUGUGGCCUUUUGCUCUUAUGCACCAAAAAUCUGGAAUACUCUACCGACUGAGAUAUGCCAGGCUUGUACUGUGGAAUAUUUCAAAACACCUCUAAAAACCUACUUUUUAAUUUGGUAUACUUAUUGGAUUACUUAAUACCUAUUGAUGUUGAUUACAUUUAUAUAAUUUGGUAUAUUAAGCAAGUGGUUAAGGCAUUCGUCUAGUGGUCUGAAGGUCGAUAGUUCGAGCCUCAGCUGUGGCAGCAUGUUUGUGUCCUUGAGCAAGGCACUUAACCACACAUUGCUCUAGUGUCUGUGCAAGGAGUGGUGCCCCACACAGACUUCCAAUCUGCAUGUUGUAAGGCAUGAAAAUGCCCGAUGCAGGCCUCCCAUGGUCUGAGUCGACGUUCCCUCCCUAAUGGUUGUCUUUACUUCGUGAUUUUUUCAUUUUCUCUUAUUUUUAUGACUAUAUUGAUUUGCCUUUACAAUCUAUGUAAAAUUAUUUGAGCCUGCAUCCUAAUGUAUGAAAGGUGCUGUAUAAAUAAAGUCAUUAUCAUUAUUAUUUCUGUGUAUCA